AAACGGUAAUGAGUUAUGGCUAGUUGAAAGUGGAUUGAAUUUGGUUGAUCUGGCUAACAUAGUACAGCAUAUUAUUGUUUGGUUAUGUGACAUGCCAGAACCAGAAGAGUAUGAUUUUUAUAUUAAAGAAAUUGUAUAUUAUUUUGACGGCAGGUGGAAAUAUCGUGAUAUAACAAUGAGACAUCAGUUGCCUUAUGAAAAUCUUACACUAAUAUCACCUUCAACUUCCCAUUUUAAAG